AUGACAGUACUAAGGAUGACAUCCCCGGUGACGCCUCCAUCGAGCAGUCCAGGUUCCAACGAGGCACAGGCGCCCCAGCAAGCGAACGCGUCGAAACCAGUAGCGCAUCGAUUGAGCUUCUCCGUCGCGGCGUUGCUGGCCGACACCAAGAAGUCGGAUUCCUCCAGGCAGGAGGCGUCCUCCGUGUCACCCAGCUCCUCACCGUUGACCUCUUACUCCCCCGUGAGACAAGAACAACUGCUGCCGAACUCCACGUUGCAAAAGUAUCCAGGUGACUACAGAUCGAGGUACCUGUCGGUGUCUCCCGGUAUCCAGGAACACAGACCGACGCAAUACACGUCCUGCGACACGUCCAGAAGCUCCCUAGUAGACGGAAGGACGUUAACCAGGUUCCCUGAGAUCGAGGUCGACACGAGGGUGAAAUCACCCGGGUCAAACCAACGGCCCAGACCUCUCGACUACGUGGUGCAAACCUCCUCCGCGGACUGUGGAUCCACGUCAGAAGUCGUGCAAUGUUCCUCGCCUCCGAAAGUCCCCACCUCGGGGGCCGGUCAUUCGGACUUUGGGCCUCAAUCGCCGAGAAGCAGCUGCCACGAGGGAGCCAGGUCCAGAUCCUCGGAACCGGAUGCAUCGGAGGACAUCGAGGACGAGGACGAGAACAGCCUGGUCGACGUGGAGGAUCUUCAACACCAGGCGAGCAGUCCGACGCCAGUCAGACCGACCCCGGCGUACAUCGGCGGAUUUUCCAGUUUGGGAGGCAUCUCCGGCAUCCCGGCCGGGCUACAUCCGGCCGUUUGGGGUGGCGGGCAUCAGGGUGCAGCGGCUGCGGCGGCGGCGGCGGCGGCGGCGGCUGCUGCCGCUGCCACCGCGAGCUUCUUCCCCUCGCACUUCUCUCAUCACGCGCCAUUAAACGAGAACGGCGAACCGGCCAAGAUCAAGUGCAACCUGAGGAAACACAAGCCGAACCGGAAGCCGAGGACGCCUUUCACCACGCAACAAUUGCUCGCGCUCGAGAAGAAGUUCACGGAAAGGCAAUACCUCAGCGUCGCGGAGAGGGCCGAGUUCUCGUCGUCGCUUCAUCUCACCGAAACGCAGGUGAAGAUCUGGUUUCAAAAUCGCCGCGCGAAGGCGAAGCGUAUGCAAGAGGCAGAGAUCGAGAAGCUGCGGAUGUCGGCGGUCAGGCAACACCACACAACGCUCUACGGCUCUCAUCCGGGACUGUUGGCCCCGGCUAGCCUGUAUCCCGUUGGAAUGCUGUCUCAUCCUGGUUUAACGCCUCAUCAUCCGAUCUCUCAGCACCCGUCCAGAGAAUGA